GAACACAGAGCCAGUCUGGCUCAGACAAGGGACACGCUUCAGCACGGACGGACCUUUAACAUCCACACACAAUAAAACAAAUCAGAUCCAGUAGAACGGAGGCUUCGCGCGCGGAUUCGCUUUGUGGAUUAUUAACACUGUUUCGUCUACACGCCUUUAACUGGAGAUAUCACUAAUGGUGAUCGGAUUCGCUAAGUCUUGAUCAGCACUCCAGCGCCAUGAGCGGGCUCCUAAAGAGGAAGUUUGAGGAGGUGGAGGAAGACCCCUGCUACUCUUCCUCUUCUCCUUCGUCUCUCUCCUCGUCUGCCUACUCCGGCUGGGAUUCGGAUGGCGAGAGCUUGUACUCGGACACUCUGGACUCCACCCCCAGCAACCCAAGCUCGCCGGCAGCAUCGUUUAGCACCACCUCCAUUCUGAAGAAGUCCAAACGUCCACGGAGAGGAAACGUCCAGUUCGAUCAGGUGACGGUCUUCUUCUUCCCGCGAUGCCAGGGCUUCACCAGUGUGCCCAGCAGAGGCGGCUGCACACUGGGCAUGAUGCAGAGGCACAGUGCCCAGAGGAAAUACACGUUGGCUGAGUUCGCCAUCGAACAGCGCCACCUACGCCAGGAGAAGCUGAUUAACAGGUUGCGAGAGGAGAAGCUGGAAGCCCUCAAACAGAAGCUGACUAAAAACGGUACCCAGGAUUCAGAGGAGGCUGACCGCCUGACUGUGGAUGACAUCCCUGAGGAGGAGAUUGACAUCACUGGCGUGAACCUGGACAGCGGUUCGUUCUUGCACCCGUACCCCUCCAAGAGGCGACAUGCCAUCCUGAAAGCGGCCGGUGUGAAGAAGAUCGAUAAGGAGGAGAAGAGGCAGCUGCACGCAUUGCGCAUGUCACGGGAGGACUGUGGCUGCAGCUGUCAGGGCUUCUGCGAGCCUGAAACAUGCAGCUGCAGUCUAGCUGGCAUCAAGUGUCAGAUGGACCACUCGUCUUUCCCAUGUGGCUGCACCAAGGAUGGCUGUGGGAACACAGAGGGCCGCAUCGAGUUCAACCCCAGCCGCGUUCAGACCCACUACAUCCACACCAUCAUGAAACUGGAGCUUGAGAAGCGUCUGGAGGAGCACUCGACCGAAAGUGAAGGCUCUCGGGACGAGCAUAACGAGCAGAGGGCAGCAGAAGGCAGCAACGAGCCCGAAACGUCCAGCUUCCAUUUCAGCUCUGAACUGGCGGCAGCAGGAGAGAACAGCUGCAGUAGUGACAUGACGGACUCCUCUAGCUCUUCAGGUCAGAGCGAGGACUCAGAUGUGGGCGAGAGGCCCCACAGCGAGCAGUCGUCCAUAGAUGUGGAUGAGAACGGACUUACACGCAUCCUGAGCUUCAGCGACACAGACAACGAGGACUGCACUGUAGAUUGCAGGGACAAUAGGGCUAACAGCAACUUGCACUGCACGCAAGAGCAAAGAAGGACUGAGCCGUGUUCUGUAGGGUACGGCAUCUUCAGCGCUGUGGAAAAUGCUGACAACGACGAUAACGCUCGCACGCCACCAGCAGACUCUGUAACGGACUAUAGAGCCGCGGCCAUGUCUGAACUUUUGGACGAAAACGCCAAUCAAGGCAACGCUCUGUUCAACUGCGGCUCUGUCCCAAACACCCCCUCCCCUUCAAUUGACCGUUCAGCUAGUUACAUGGACCUGAGUCUGUCCUCAGAGUCUGAUUUGGAGUUCUUUGAUGGCUUUCCAUGCCUAGGACCCAGCUCACUGUACAACUCCCUCAAGGAGUAUGAGCAUUUGGACAACUUCUUUCAGUUCCAGCUGCCUGGAUACCCCAGCAUCCCCCCAGCUAAUGACUCGGGCACAUGUCUCCUGGAGUCGCUGAUCGGCUUGUCAGAAUCGGUUCCAGAACCCCCUGCCACCUUCACAGACAAUCAGAUGCUGGAAGAAGCCAUUAAGUUGUCUGUGAUGGAGUAUGUGAAAGUCUAAGGGGAGGCUGAUGUUAAUAGUUAACACUAUAUAUAGAUAUAAAAAAAAAGAUUAUACGAUUGUAAAUUAACACAAUUUUUGGUGUAAUUUUGUUGUUUAUGGAGGCCAUUUUGCCCUCUGUCAGAGACUGAGAUUUGCAUUAUUUGCCUUUAAAAUGUUAGCAGAGCAUUUUAUUAUUAUUAUUAUUAUUAUUAUUAUUACUAUUGUUAAUAUUGUUAAUAUUAUUAUUAUUAUUACUAUUAUUAAUGCCAUCAAAGUGGCAGCUACUAUUUGAGUUUAAAGUCUCCGGCUGUCUGGUUUUUGAAUACUCGUACACGUGGCCAGGAAGGUUAAGCGUUGAAUUUGUCACCCACAUUGGUGUUAUCAUUAAUAUUAUUACUAUUGAUAAAGUUAUUUAUAUGAACUUUAAACGGGGCACAGAUGGGAGUCUUUUAAGAU